AUGACUGUAUGCGGAUUGCGGAAGCUGUGUAAGCGCGAAGCGGCUAACGCCAUCGGUGGCGACCUGGACCCGGACGCCUUGCAUGCGCUCAACAGUCUUGCAACCGCUGCAGAGCGCGAGGCUGGGCGAGGCAAGGUGCCCGGGCUCCUGCAUGAUGGCACGGAUCCAGCGCACACGUCCGGUUCGCAGCGUUCGCAGCCGGAGACGUCUCAAGACGAUCCCAUCACCACAAAGGCAGGUGCCGGCUGGAUGGAUUCGGGGAAUGCAGAGGUGGCCCUGAGCCACGAGGACCAGGACGAUGCGAAAUCUGGUUCCGGAGCCAAUGUGGGGCUGCCCAUGUCAAUGGCCAUGGCGAUGGGCAUGCCACCGGGGUUUCUGGGUAUGGGGGGCCUGGGACAGAUGCAGAUGCCCGGCAUGGCGGCCAUGGGUGCUGCGUCGUAUCCGUACAUGUCGGGCCUUAUGCCAGUUUUCACGGCGAUGGCGGGGCCGCAGCAGAUGGCAGCUAUGGCCGCGGGUGCAAUGCCGGUGCCGGGUGCAGCUGACAUCGCUGGGAUGCCGGGCACCGCCGGCGGCGGCGGCGGUGGCGACGCGACCGUCGUCAUCGGCACGCCGUUAGCUGACGUUGCCCAGCAGUGGCAGUUGGCCCGGCAGCAGCAAGCCACCAUGUCAGCGUAUUUCCAGAUGUGGGCCAUGGCAGCGGCGAGCUGGUACGGCAGUAUGGGCCUCAUGGGAGGCACGGCAGCUGGCGGGGAUGCCGCCGCCACCGCAGCGGCGGCAAUGUCCAUGAUGGGCAUGAUGAACCCUGCCAUGAUGGGCAUGAGCAUGAACCCGGCGCAAAUGCAGGCCAUGAUGGCUCAGUCAUGGGCAAUGCAGAUGGGAGCUAUGGGCAUGAUGCCGGGCAUGGCGAGCGCCAUGGGUGGAGCCAUGGGGCUACCUGGCGCCGCCGCCGGGGGCCCUGGCGCCGCCGCCGCCGCCGCUGCUGCUCAGUCGGCCCAGUGGAUGCAGCAGGCUCAGGCGCUGCAGUCCGCCUUCUGGGGUGCUGUACCGCACGGCGGCAUGACAGCGGGUGCCAUGGCCGGUAGCCCCAUGGCCGCUAUGGCCGGCAUAGGGGGCACUAUGGGGGGGUACGGCUACCCUGGCGGCGCCGCCGCGGGUGGAGUCGUCGUGGGGGGUAUUGGGGGGCCCGAUGGGGGGGGGGGGAUGGGGGCGGCCAUGUUGCGGAGCCUGGGCCUGUCGAUGCCCACCAACAGUGAUGAGGCUUUUCCGGAGCCGGAGGAGGAGCCGGAGGAGGAGGAGGAGGAACAGAAUACGGGUAGGCGGCGUCAGGCGUGGCAACAGGAGCAUAUUCAGGCGCUGCCGCCGCUGCUACCGCAGCAGCCGCAGCCGCACGCACUUGCGCACCAGGCGCAGGUUCCGAUGUCUUUCCCCGUCAACCAGCCAAGCCCGACACUACCAGCUGCACAACCGCACCACGCACAGCCGCUAUCAUCGUUGCCGAAGCCGCCGCAGCAGCAACAGCAACAGCAGCAGCAACACCAAGGGGACGUUCCGAUGCCGGGAUGCGCCCCGCCUGCGCAGCCAGUGCCGCCGGGGCCCAUUGGCGUGCCGCAGGCCCCGCCACCGCACAUGUCGGCCGCCGCUGCGGCGGCUCUGUCGGCGGCGGCCAAUGUCGUCGCGGCGGCGGCGGCCGCGAAGCGGCCCCUCGAGCAUUCAGUUCCUAUGUCGGCGGCGAACAACUUCGCAGCGGCUGCGGCUGCGGCCGCCAACUCCCAGAGCUACCUGUCCGGUCAGUCGAAGAGGGGCAGGCGGACGGCUAAAGAGCAGAAGGGAACGGACUCCAAGGUAUGCAAGAACUGCGGUACCAAGUCCACUCCUUUUUGGCGAAAGGACAAGAACGACGGGCGACCGCUUUGUAACGCCUGCGGGCUUUACUUCUCGAAGAAUGACGCUCCGCGGCCCAAGAUACUCUGGAAGCAGGACGAGCAGGGGGGGGCUGUGGGUCAGGCAGCGGCGGCUGUGGCGGCAUCUGCAGGCGGUGUACUGCAAGGGAACCCGCUGGUGGCGGCGGCGGCGGGGGACCCCACAGCGGCGGCGGCGCUGGCCGCCGCCAUGGCGGCUGGGCGAGGGCUAACGUUACCGGCGGGGGCCGCCAACGCAAUAUCGAGUCUGCCAGGUCUGGCGGCCGCCGCCGCGGCAGCUGCCGCCGCCAGUGCCGCCAGCACUGCGGCAGGUACGGCAGCCGCAAUGGCGGGGGCGCGUCCUGCAGGAGCGGCGCCAUUAGCGGCUGGUGCGGUUGCACCUCCAGCCCGCCCAGGAUUGGGUGCUACGGGUGCUGGGACCGGGGGCCAUGCGUUAGGGCCGGCAGCGGCCGCUGGAGCCGCAGCGGCGGCACCAGGCGCGGUGCGGCCGAUGCUGCCGACAUCGCUGCCGGGCAGUGCGCAUAUCAAUGCAGCGCAGAUGAUGGCGGCGGCGGCGGCCGCGGCUGCUGCGGCUGCGGCCGCUAGCAAGGGUGUUGUGGGCGCGAAUGGUCAGCCGGGCGGGCCUCGGCCGGGUAUGCAGAUCCCCGGCAUGCCCAAUCUGCAGAUGACGCCCGGGGCCGCGGCGGCGGCGCUGGCAGCAGCAGCAGCUGCAAUGGCAGCCUUCCCGCAGGCGAGUCUGCAGGCGCGGCCGCCACUGCAGGUGCAGGUGCCUGGCAGCGGCUCUGCCGCAGCUGGCGGUGCGGCGGCUCCGCAGGUCGCAGGCACGGCCGCGCCGCCAGCGGGCUUCCAGCCUCAGGCGCCGGCUGCAGCGGCGCUUGCAGCGGCUGCCGCGGCUGCAGCUGCGGUGGCAGGUGCUGCACCGGCUGGUGGUACGGCGACGGCAGCCGGCCCAACCAACACCGCAGCCGCGGCGCCGACGGUGGCGGCGGCCCCGGCAGCGGCGCACUUGAUUGCCUCAGCGGCUGGUGGCACAUCACCCGGAUUUGCGGGAUCGCCGGCUGGUCCGGUGGCUGCGACAUCAGAGCCGCCUCCUCCUCCGGCGGCUGCGGCUGUGGUCCCGCUGCGUCCCCAGAUUAAAUUGGAGGACUCAUGA